AGAGAGAGAGAGAGACUGGGCUGAAUUGUGAGUGGCUUACGACACUCAGUGAACAGAAGGUGUUUCUGCAUGCACUGCCAGUGCACUAGUCUACUGCAAGGGAUAAAGCAUCUCUCUCCACCCAGUACACCGCGCCUGCCUUCAGCCUCAGCAACUACAGCCUCCGCAGCCCCCAGGAAAUGAGCUUAACACAGAUGAGAACAAGAUGAAGAUUUGAGUCUUACUACAAACCCUCUCACCAGUGAUUUUUGGAUAUCAUUAUUACACGAACAAUUCAGCAAACAGAAAAAGACAGCUGUAUGAUGCAGAUCAAACAGCUUUUGCAUGUGCAUAAUUGUCAAGAAACUAAGAAAAUGGCAAUGAGCUUUGCUCCACGUACGUUGCGCAAUUCGACGAUCGCUAUAGGUUAUGGAUGGUGAUUUGCGUCGACAGAUUGGGAGUCAUUGAUGAGAAGGGAGGAAAGAGAGUGAGAGUCAGUUCGGAGUGGAUUAUUCCCUCCUCCGUGAGCGUUUCCCCCCGCUCGUCUCUCUCACAGAUCCGCGGCGCAGCAGUCGAUACAGAGAACCGGAGGAGAGUGGACAGUGCUCAUACAUGCAGCCCGGGAAACUUGCACUUCCUACCAGCCUGCUGAAUGCCGCUUGGAUUCGUUAUCUUUUUGGCUCUUUCACAUGAGGAGAACUAAGACAUUGUAAGUCUGCCAGGAUCUGGUGUCCGAUGAAAAGGAGGGGGGGCUGAAUUUGUACCACACUGGGGUCUUUUUUAGUUUCGCACAUAAUUAGUGUCGGCACAAAGGGAUCAACUGAAUAGAGGUUGUCAGCCUCUGCACGGGUGGGGCAGGAUUUCUUGAUUCUUUAAGUAACCACGUCUAUAGAAAUACAUUUCGAUUAAAAGACAUUUCACCGGGGAGAAUACAAAUACUAAACUCCAAAAUGACACAAAUGUGAAAGAUUCAAUGGACUUUUUCUCUACGACACUGCAGGAUAUUCAUGCUAAUGGAUUUCCUCCUAAUUGGUCUGUACCUAAAGUGGCCGCUAAGGAAGCCCCCUGGGCUGAUACUGUGCUCCUUGGGCAUUGUUCUGAAAAUAGUCCCCUUGGUGGGGGGGAGCUGUCCGAGGCUGUGCCGAUGCGACAACAAGCUGUUGUAUUGCGAGGGGCUCAACCUAACCGACAUCCCUCAAAACCUUAGCAGCGCCAUUGGUUUGUCCCUGCGUGAAAAUAACAUCUCUGAGUUACGGGAGGGGGACUUUGUGGGCCUGUCGCAGCUCACCUGGCUCUAUUUGGAUCAUAACAAUAUUGAGAUUGUGGAGGAGAGCACCUUCGAGAGGCUGCGAAGGGUUAAAGAGUUGGACCUGAGCACCAACAGGAUAGAAAGCCUUCCGAACGGGACCUUUCGACAUCUGCCCAACCUACGAAUAUUGGAUUUAUCCUAUAAUAGACUUCAGUAUUUGGAGCCAGACCUUUUCCAUGGCCUUAGGAAGCUUACCAAUUUACAUUUGCGCUACAAUGCCCUUAAAUUAAUCCCCGUGCGGAUUUUCCAGGAUUGCAGGAGCAUGCAAUUCCUGGAUCUGGGUUACAACCAGCUGCAGAGCCUGGCACGCAAUUCAUUUGCUGGGCUCUUCAAGCUCACCGAGCUGCACUUGGAGCACAACGAGUUGGUAAAAGUCAAUCUGGCCCACUUCCCCCGCCUCAUCUCACUGAGGACCCUCUACAUGCGGAACAAUAAGGCCACUAUUGUGGUCAACACCCUUGACUGGACCUGGGACCACCUGGAGAAGAUUGACUUCUCCAACAAUGAGAUUGAGUACAUUGAGCCACAUGUGUUUGAGAGUGUACCCAACCUUAAGACUCUUAUGUUGGACUCCAAUAAACUGACCUACAUAGAUCAGAGGAUCUUGGAAUCCUGGACAUCCCUGAGCAGCAUCACCCUGUCGGGGAAUGACUGGGAAUGCAGCAGGAACGUCUGUGCCUUGGCUUCCUGGCUUAGCAAUUUCCAGGGACAACGUGACAAUGGCCUGUUGUGUGCCAACCCAGACAUUGCGCAGGGCGAGGACAUUCUGGAUGCCGUCUAUGCUUUCCAGUUAUGCGAGGACAACGUGGACGCGACCACACAGACCUUCACCGCCACCAGAAACCGGGCCAGAGGUUUCAUAUUCGAUGGCCCAACAAAGAACCCGUACGAGCUGCAGGAUGUGGAGGGAGGCGAGGUGGUGACCAACUCCUUGACAGUAACGGUGUCCACUGAUGACCUGGAGAGCACCAUGCAGAUUCACAAGGUGGUGACGGGCACCAUGGCCCUAAUUUUCUCCUUCCUGAUAAUAGUCCUCAUGCUCUACGUGUCCUGGAAAUGUUUCCCGGCAGGCGUGAGGCAGUUGAGGCAGUGCUUUACCAGCCAGCGUCGCAAGCAGAAACAAAAGCAGACCAUGCAGCAGAUGGCUACUACGUCUGCGUCCGAGUACUACGUUGACUAUAAACCCAACAAUAUUGAGGGGGCACUUGUCAUCAUCAACGAGUACGGUUCUUGCACGUGCCAGCAGCAGGCAUCGCGGGAGUGUGAGGUGUGAUGCUCGCCCAUCUUGAUUUCAAUGCUUUCGGUGUAUUGACGGAUACUCUGCACCUCAUUUCGCUGCUCUCAGGAGGAAGCUACAUGUUUGGAGUGCAGAAAACAGGGAUUUAGUGCUGACUGCAACAUCUUCAACCUGUGUACUUGAUGCAAAAGAUGUGGAAUAAUUACGCUGACCUGUCCUGGCUUUUCUUGUGAAGAGUGGAUAUUUGAGCUUUAAUGUGUCUUUCUACUUCAGGAUAUUCUAGAACCCUCUAAAGCUAUCGAGGACAUAUUUUUACUGUGGUACAGACACACGGACAAAUGAAAUUGGAGAGGAAAACAACAAAACAAACAAAUAAACCUUAAAAAAUAUAAGAUUCAAUGUAAAAUAUGUUAAAAAGCAGAAAUGCAAGAGUGGGAAUAUAAAUGCAAGAUGUUAUCCUAUUUCUUUUGUAAACUAUGGAGAAAAAAAAAAGAGGAAAAUACAAAUGUUUAAAUAAAUGAAUUGCUAUUCACAGUGCUCCAUUCUGCAGGUGAGUUUGAUGACUGUUUUUUUGUUUGUUUGUUUGUCUGUGGUCACAAGGAAAGACGGUUAGUGAGCUCUGCUGCAGUAUCGCAGGAUGUAAAUAAGCAGGACUGUGGGAAGCGCUUCACUUCAUUUGAAAUGUUAAACCUCAGUCUAAGAUUCAGAUUCGAGAUCGAAUCACUGUGCAAAGCUUGAUUGCUGUGGCUGUCGCAGUUUCUCCUGCUUGUCCAUAUCCUGAAUAGAUUAAGCAAACCAGCUAAAACAAACCACGCUGAUGCCAUUUUGAUAUGAUGCCGAUAAAGUUAAACAUUUGUCUGCUGUUCAAAUAAACAAGACAAGGAGCGUCCUUAAUUCCUUGCCUGCUUUUAUGGAUUUCAUUUCAAAGCGCCUCAGCUGAGGGGUAAAAAUCUGACUGAGAGGCCUUAAACAUUUACAUCAAAUAUACUUCAAACGGACGUGACGAAGAGUUUCAAAAGAGAUCAUUUGAUAACCCCAUUCUAGAUGUUUACUUCAUAGUGGAUUUCUGUUUAAAUGUUUAAAUGUAAUGUUGUUUUUUAAGAUGCCCGUUGUUACUGCGUGACAGAUCAUCGUGAUUGUUCGAUUGUGUGCGUCCUGCAUCAGAGGCUAUAGCGCUGAUGAAAUAACAGGGCCGCCGAGAGAAGGUACAGACUGCUCCCUAGUGUUCACCACAGCAACGGAGAGAAAAGAGAUACUGCAGCAAGCAGCCCUCGGAUUUCUCUUACCCUCCCAGGCUUUAUGUGUCCGUCUACACGCCUGUUGCUUGUCUAUAUGCAGUCUCUAAGAUCAGCUCAGGUUAAGGAUUACUGCCACAGCAUAAAGCAUUCAGUACUAAGAACAAAAGAGAGAUGUCACUUUGCGUCGACUGCGUUGUUGUCUCUCUCAGUUUUGAACAACUGGCUGUUAUUACAAUUGACUUGUUCAGAUAGCAUAUGGAAAAUUGCCACUGUGAAGCUGAUGUGCGCGUACCAACACUUUGAUGGGGGUUUAUGUGAACGUAUGUGUGUGAGAGUGCAUGUUUGUGUAUGCAUUUACAUUUAAGUGUGUGUGUUCUUAUGUUGUGGUUUGCUUCAACCAAGUGCAUGUGUGAAUUUCAUUUGUCAUGUAUGACUGAGAAACGUCUUUAAAGGUACAUUGUAAGACUGAGCAAGUAUUUUUAUAAUCUGAUCAACGAUUUUAAUAUGGAAUCCAAAGCCCCGCCCCUUUGAUUCCUUUAAUACGUGAUAUGAAACUGUUCUAUUUUCAGCAGCACUGUAUUCGAUGCGUAUAUGAAGCUAACCCAAGCUAAACCAAUGUAUUCAUACUGUUGUAAAUGAUACGCAAUGUAACAUGCUUCACCCAUUUUCUUUUUUUACUCUUAUUUUCUGUCAGGUAAAGACGUUAUUAUUCAUAACGUCUAUCUGGUCUGACACUCCUUGGACUACAGUCUUAUUUUCUGCUGUUUUUUCCUUCCGCUGAAUAGUAUUGUUCAUGCCAUAUUUUGAAGCCAGACCCUAAGUAUGUACACUCCAAUGUGUGGUUGGGUUUUUAAUGAAUCCUCUGGAGAGUAUUAAAAAAACACAAAAAGA